AGAAGCAUGUUCGAAAUACGAAAAUGUGUUAAAUCGGAAAUCUCUAUCUCUGGUUCCAUUUUAUUACAAGGAAAGAAAUAUCGUCAUAUGAUAUUUUUCUAAGUCUUCUUUGGUCCUGGAGAAGAAGAGAGAAGAACUUGGUUUCUCUCUCUAAAAGUUUAUUGCUUGGCUCCAUAAAAAGUGCACCUUUUUCUUUUUUUUCUUUCUCUCACUUCUCCUCGGAGGCACUAUUGUUCGUGAGAUCAGAGAUUUACCCGCUUCAGAUUUUGCGCAGAAACUUUUGCCCACAAUUUCAGAUUUUUGUUUUCUUCAAAUCUGAGCUGAGAUCUCUAGAGAGAGAAAAUGAGCAUCACUAAUGAAGAAGCAGUGAAGCAAUUACGUGCUUUAAUGGAAGACGUUGAUGAUUCACUGAGAGAGUCGUAUCGGAACAUUCAUCAAGGGUAUACGACAGAGACUUUGUCACGCUUUCUUAAAGCGAGGGAUUGGAAUGUUCAGAAAGCUCAUAAAAUGUUGCUCGAGUGUUUAGAAUGGAGGACUCAAAACGAGAUUGACAAGAUACUAGCAAAACCCAUUGUUCCUGUUGACCUGUAUAGAGCAAUCAGAGACACACAACUUGUCGGUGUUUCUGGGUACUCUAAAGAGGGUCUCCCUGUCAUUGCCAUUGGUGUGGGGCUUAGCACAUAUGACAAGGCCUCCGUUCACUACUAUAUACAGUCUCACAUUCAAAUGAAUGAGUACCGGGAUCGUGUAGUAUUGCCAUCUGCUACUAAGAAACAGGGAAGACCAAUUUGCACUUGUUUGAAAAUUUUGGAUAUGUCUGGUUUAAAGCUUUCAGCUUUAAGUCAAAUUAAGUUAAUGACUGCUAUAACCACAAUAGAUGAUUUAAACUAUCCAGAGAAGACAGAGACAUAUUAUGUUGUCAAUGUCCCGUACAUAUUCUCUGCUUGUUGGAAAACCAUAAAGCCUCUGUUGCAAGAGAGAACAAAGAAGAAGAUUCAAGUGCUCAAAGGUUGCGGGAAAGAUGAGUUGCUAAAGAUAAUGGACUAUGAGUCUCUCCCACAUUUCUGCAGAAGAGAAGGGUCUGGAUCGGGUAGGCAUAUUACAAAUGGAACAGUGGACAAUUGUUUCUCUUUGGAUCACUCUUUCCACCAAGACCUUUACGAUUAUGUCAAGCAACAGGCUCUGGUUAAAGGAUCAAGUGCACCGAUCAGACAUGGUUCAGUCCACGUUAAGUUCCCUGAGCCAGAUACCGAAGGCAACAAGAUCUUCGAUACCUUAGAAACUGAGUUCCAGAAGCUUGGAAAUGACCAAAAGAUCUGAUUUCUUCACGCCUUAUAACACGAGUUGCCCAUAAAAAAAUCAACAAAAACCGGAAUUUGUCUCUGGUUGAUGAGCAGUAUUUAAGAAGAUAAGAAUCACCUUUACUUGUAUUACUAAAUUUGCUUGCAUCAGCUCGAUGCAAGUUUUGUUUUAAAAAAGAUGAAACACAAUUUCCUCGGAAUGGAUCUUUUGAUCGACAAUCAUUGUUAUAUAUAUAGAACUCAUUUCUAUUUA